UUGCCGCAGGCUCUGUCGCGCUGGGACCCGUACGGUUACCAGAAAUCUUAAGGGGGACGCCAGGGGACCCAAGAAACCUAGAAAUGGAUUCUGUGGCCUUUGAGGAUGUAAGUGUGAAAUUCACCCUGGAGGAGUGGGCUUUACUGGAUUCUUCACAGAAGAAACUCUACAGAGAUGUGAUGAGGGAAACAUUCAGGAACUUGGCCUCAGUAGGAGAAAUAUGCAAAGACCAUGACAUUGAAGAUCAAUAUGAAAAUCAUGGGACAAAUUUAAGCAUUCAUAUAGUAAAGAGAUUGGGUAAAAGUAAACAAGGUAGUCAGUAUGGAGAAAACUUCAGCCAAAUUCCAAAUCAGAAUCAGAAAAAGAAAACGUCUUCUGGACUAAAACUAUGUGAAUGCAGUUUGUGUGGAGUCUUCAUGAAUCAUUCAUUCUUUAGUAGGCAUAUGAGAUCUCACACUACACCCAAACCAUAUGAGUAUCAGGAAUAUGAAGACAAGCCAUAUAAAUGUAAGGAAUGUGGGAAAGCUUUCAAGUAUCGCCAGUCCUUUCGAAGGCAUGAAAAGAUUCACACUGGAGUGAAGCCCUAUAUAUGUAAGCACUGUGGUAAAGCUUUCAGUUGUCUCAGUUAUUGUCGAACUCAUGAAAUAUCUCACACAGGAGAGAAACCGUAUAAAUGUAAGCAAUGUGGUAAAGCUUUCAUUUGUCCCAGUUACUUCAGAAAACAUGAAAGAACACAUACUGGAGAGAAACCAUAUGAAUGUAAGCAGUGUGGUAAAGCCUUCAGCUGCUUUACAUCCUUUCAAAGCCAUGAAAGGAGACACAGUGGAGAAAAGCCCUAUGAAUGUAAAAAAUGUGGCAAAGCCUUCAGUUGUCCAAGUUACUUUCGAAAACAUAAAAGAAUUCAUACUGGAGAGAAACCCUAUGAAUGUAAGCAGUGUGGUAAAGCCUUCAGUUGUUCCAGAUCCUUUCGAAGUCAUGAAAAGAGACACAGUGGAGAAAAGCCCUAUGAAUGUAAAAAAUGUGGCAAAGCCUUCAGUUGUCCAAGUUAUUUUCGAAAACAUGAACGAAGUCAUACUGUAGAGAAACCCUAUGAAUGUAAGGAAUGUGGGAAGUCCUUCAGUUGUCCGAGUUACUUUCGAAAACAUGAAAGAAAUCAUACUGCAGAGAAACCCUAUGAGUGUAAGGAAUGUGGGAAAGCUUUGAGUUCUCUUACCAACUUUCGAAGACACAUGAUGAAGCACACCGGAGAUGGGCCUUACAAAUGCAAGGAGUGUGGGAAGGCUUUUGACUGUCCAAAUUACUUGCAACAUCAUGAAAGCACACAUAGUGGAGAAAAGCCAUAUGAAUGUAAGGAAUGUGGUAAAUCCUUCAGUACUCCCAGAUCCCUUCAAAAUCAUGAAAGAACUCAUACCAGAAAAAAACCACAUGAAUGUAAGGAAUGUGGUAAAGCCUUCAGUUUUCCCUGUUCCCUUCAAAAACAUGAAAGAAGUCAUACUGGGGAGAAACCCUAUGAAUGUAAGCAAUGUGGGAAAGCCUUCACUUAUCUCAGUUCCAUUCAAAAACAUGAAAGAGCUCAUAGUGGAGAAAAGCCCUAUGAAUGUAAGGAAUGUGGGAAAGCCUUCAUUUCCCUUUCCAAUGUUCAAAGACAUAUGAUAAAGCACACUGGAGAUGGGCCUUGUAAAUGUGAGGAAUGUGGGAAAGCCUUUGAUUGUCCUAGUUCAUUACGAACACAUGAAAGAACUCACACUGGAGAAAAACCCUAUCAGUGUAAAAAGUGUGGUAAAGCCUUCAGUCGCCCCAGUUCUUUACGAAGUCAUGAAAGAGCUCAUAACUAA